AUGCACGAAGAGGACCCCGAAGUGGCCAAGUAUAAGCAGAGCGUUAUCGAUGUGGGGCAACGAACACAGUUGGAGCUCCUGCAGGCAGAAGUGCGGCACAACAAAGAAUGUCUCACAGCUUUGCGCCUGGAAAAUAAACGACUUAAUGUAAUUCUUCAGCAGGCGCAGCGGGGUCAGCGACGCGGUGUAGAGAUCGAUCCGCUGCGCCGUGAGGAGGAGCAACUGCAUAACAAACUUUGCUUGCUGAAGCGCAGCCUCAACAGUGUGCACGGAAAGAAAGAGGAGCUCACCAAAGAGAUUGCGCGGACUGUAGAGGAGACGGGAUAUAUUCUCCAGGAGGGAAAGUUCACAACGGACAACUCCGCCAUGGGCCAAAAGAUUCGUGGCCUUGAGAACCGUUUGGACAAGUGCCUCAUUAAGCACAACGAGGUGAAUGCCAUUCGCCGCACAUACGAGGCGCUUUUGGAGCGGUUACAGCAAGAGCAGGCGGGAUUUGAUACUCAGCUCGCAGCAAUGGAAAAAACGUUGCAGAACAAAGAGAAGGAUCUCUGCGAUCUCAACACAGUAGCAGCCGAGGCAUCGAACGGAAGGGAUGCGGCUAAGGCAGAGGUGCUGCGGCUGAAGGCACAACUUACGCGGGAGCGCCGGGCACAAAAUAAGGAUCUGGAGGAGAGGCGGGCAUUUGUGAUGACGAAACAAAAACAGUUGGACCGCAAGGCGCAGCGGUUAAAGGAUAAAAUUGAAAGGGAUGAGGAGCGUCGUGCUGGUCAGCACAUGGCCGGUGGGAACCAACAAAAGAAAGUCUCUCGGGUGACCACACAGAAGCCAGAAAGGAGGGAGGAUGUAGAGCAACAGCAGCAGCUGCGUGAGGCUUACAAUAAACUCAAAGAGGUCACUAUGAGUAACACAGUGGAUGAAGUCAUCUCAAAACUACAGGAGCGCCAGGAUGCGAACGCCCAGCUAAUGCAGACGGCGGAAGAGGCGGAGGAAGCAGAUGCCAUGCUAAAGGAGGAGCGAAGCCAACUUAUGGAGGAGUGGGAGAAAUUACAACAGCAGAAUGUUGUUCACAGGAGUGUGUUGAAGGGCGAAAACCAAAAGCCGCCGGCGACGGAAGAACGCACCACUGGGGGCGCGAACUCUGUCGCGAAUGUUGCCGAGCAGCGCGCACUUGUGCGCCGCCGUGUGCUGGAAGAGUUUGAAUCGUACCUCAACGAUCGGAAGAACGAGCUUAAUGUGGCGCAGCGCGUACAAGAGGGACUUGGGCAGCUGCUGAUGGAUCUUGGCGCUGGCGUGCAGCGUCUAGCAGACACCGUGGCUUGUGCCACGAUCAAUGUCAUGUCCGCUUCUACACACGUGUCGAUGUUUGAUGAGGUGUGUGAAGAUGAAUUAGCCUUCUGUAAUGCACGCGGUGACUCAAUCGUUAGCGUAUUGAACUCGACGGCAGCAAAGCUGGAAAAUAUGUUAGAGCUUGUGGAUGUGGAGGAUGUGGCAUCGGUGGCGACGUCCAUUUAUAACUGGCGUUAUUCUCUUCCUCCAACAAACGUAUGCAUUCGUCUCGAAACCUCCGCCACACCGGCAGAUGGCGGGAGCGGUGAGUUGGGCAGUGAUCACUCGGAUUCCGGUGGUGUGAGCGGUAAAGGACGCCGCACUUCGGCGGAUGAAAUGCCCGUCGGCUGCCGAAGAUGGUUUGGACCAGCUCCUACCGACGAUUUCCCAGAAAAUGAAAUUCACGAUCGUCAUGAGCUGAAGCAGAUGUCCAUCGCAACCGUAGAGAGGGAGCGGAAGAAAGCGCGGAAGCUGCAGCAGCAGCGAGUGAAGGAUGAAACCAUAUGA